AUGGAUUCAACUCUUGCAACCCUGAAUGCCAGUGCUAAUCUAGUUAGUAAUGGAGUAGGAAGAAACAGAGGAUCUGGAUUCUGGGGUGAGGGUAAAACGGGAAGUCUGAACAGAAGAUUUUGUAGUAUUCAACCAUGCAAGAGUUCUAAAACUAGAAAGUUCAAGCCUGGAUUUGCAUAUGCUGUUUAUACACCAGACAUCAACAAAGAUUCUGUGAUAUUCCAGGAACCAAUUUUUCAUAGUCCAAAAGCAAACCCAGAAAAUGUAGCUGCCAUCAUCUUGGGUGGAGGUGCUGGAACUCGACUCUUUCCUCUAACUAGCACAAGAGCUAAGCCCGCUGUUCCAAUAGGAGGGUGUUACAGACUCAUAGAUAUUCGGAUGAGCAAUUGCAUCAACAGUGGCAUCAAAAAAGUAUUCGUUUUAACACAGUUCAAUUCUUUCUCCCUCAAUGGCCACUUGUCUCGCACAUAUAAUUUUGGAAAUGGCGUGAACUUUGGAGAUGGUUUUGUGGAGGUCUUGGCUGCUACUCAAACUCCUGGAGAGGCAGGGAAGAAAUGGUUCCAAGGAACAGCUGAUGUUGUGAGACGAUUUAUAUGGGUUUUUGAGGAUGCUAGGAACAAGAAUGUUGAGCAUAUAUUGAUAAUUUCUAGUGAUCAUCUUUGCCGGAUGGACUAUAUGAAGAUUUUGGAGAAACAUAUCAGGACAAAUGCUGACAUCACAAUUUCAUGUGUACCCAUGAAUGAAAGCCGUGCAUCAGAUUAUGGGCUGCUGAAAAUUGAUAGAAUGGGACGGAUUAUGCAGUUUGCAGAAAAACCAAAAGGUUCAGAUUUGAAAGCAAUGCGUGUUGACACCACUCUACUAGGGUUGCCUUCAGAAGAAGCACAGAAACAUCCUUACAUUGCAUCAAUGGGUGUUUAUGUAUUUAGAACUGAGACCCUAUUGAAACUAUUAAGAUGGAGCUGUCCUUCAUGCAAUGACUUUGGAUCUGAACUUUUCCCAUAUGCUUUGAGGGAGCACAAAGUCCAAGCAUACUUGUUCAGGGACUAUUGGAAAGAUAUUGGAACUAUAAAGUCCUUCUUUGAUGCAAAUCUGGCCCUAACAGAACAGCAUCCAAAAUUUGAAUUCUAUGAUCCAAAGACGCCUUUCUUCACUUCCCCAAGAUUCCUACCACCCACUGAAGUAGUAAAAUGCAAGAUUGUGGACGCAAUUAUUUCUCAUGGUUGCUUCUUGAGUGAGUGUAGUGUUCAACGUUCCAUUGUUGGUGUGCGCUCACGUUUAGAGUCCGGUGCAGAGCUUCAGGUAACCUUAAUACAUUUUGUACUUUGCACCUUUUGUGGGGAGUGUUGGUGGAUAAUAUGUUGA